UCACUACACCAACCCCCAAAACCCUCCCCCCCCCCAUCCGAGGCCGUCCCGCACCGCACUACCAGCCACCUCCCGCGCCGCGCCGCCGCCGCCGUCUCGCACGCGCGGCAGAGGACGCGCGCGAUCCCCUCCCGCCCACCACCAGAUCGCGCCAUGGCCUCCACGGCCUUCGCCGCCGCCAAGUUCCUCCCGGCCCACCUCGACUCCUCCCCGCGCAUCGCGCCACACCGCGCCGGCCCCACCGCGAAUCUCUCCUUCGCCCCGCUUUCCUCCUCUCCCUCCUCCGCGGCGUCGCUCCUCCGCUUCCGAUCCCCGUCGCCGUCCGGCCCGGGAGGCAGGCUGCCCCCGCCCCCGCGCUCGUACGGCGGCGGCGGAUCUGGCGACGCCGCGGACUCCGGCGGCGGCGACGGCCGCCGCGGGGGCAUCCUCGGCGUCUUCCUGGCCGGCUGGGCCGCCCGCGUCGCCGCGGACCCGCAGUUCCCGUUCAAGGUGCUCAUGGAGGAGCUCGUCGGCGUCACCGCCUGCGUGCUCGGCGACAUGGCCUCCCGCCCCAACUUCGGCCUCAACGAGCUCGACUUCGUCUUCUCCACCCUUGUCGUCGGAUCCAUCCUCAACUUCGUCCUCAUGUACCUCCUCGCGCCCACCGCCGGCGUCGCCGCCGCCGCCUCGUCCGCCGCCUCCGCGCUCCCCAGCCACAUGUUCGAGCCCGGCGCCUACUCGCUCGGCUCCCGCGUCGCCACCCUCGUGUCCAAGGGCGCGACCUUCGCGAUGGUCGGGUUCGCGGCCGGGCUCGCCGGCACCGCGCUCUCCAACGGGCUCAUCGCGAUGCGGAAGCGCAUGGACCCGGAGUUCGAGACUCCCAACAAGCCGCCGCCCACGCUGCUCAACGCGGCCACCUGGGCGAUCCACAUGGGCGUCAGCAGCAACCUGCGUUACCAGACUCUGAACGGGGUCGAGUACCUGCUCGGCAAGGUCGCGCCGGCGCCAGUGUUCAAGGUGUCCGUCGUUGCUCUCCGCUGCGUGAACAACGUGCUUGGUGGCAUGUCCUUCGUGUUGCUUGCCAGGUUGACUGGAUCGCAAAGAUCAGAUAAACCAGCGACGGCUGCAGAAGAGAAGGAACGGUUGAUAGCUGUGGGCAAUGCCGCCGCAGAUGCCAUCAGUGAGGCAAAGGACGCAGAGGGUAAGUAAAGGGGAUGGGUAGAGGAGGGUGCAAGUGGAUGCAUGCAUGCUCUGCGCCUGAGCUUCGUUUGCGGCUUCUUGGAAUAGGCCAAGAAACCUGUAGAUGAUAAGUGGGUUGGAAUAAGGAGUGAGGCUCAAAACAUUUUCUUCAAUCUGUUUGCAGUGAUGACAUGCUUAGUUGAUCUUAGAAUAAAGUUUUUCGUUCUUGUCCUUUUGAUCGUUGACUCAAUGCGUAGCCUGCUUGCCAUACCUGAAGUUGUUUGAUUUGCAUGCAAUCUAUGAUCCUUAAUGAUCCUAUGAUGUAAAGACGAGUGGAUUCAUGACCCAAAAUCUAAGAACUUGAUGCUGUCUA